AUGUCCGCUGAGCAGUCCGGCCAGAACAUCCCCAACUUCAAGCUCGUCCUCGUCGGCGAUGGUGGUACCGGCAAGACGACCUUCGUCAAGCGCCACCUGACGGGCGAGUUUGAGAAGAAGUACAUUGCCACGCUCGGAGUCGAGGUCCACCCGCUCCAGUUCCACACCAACUUUGGCACCAUCUGCUUCAACGUGUGGGACACGGCCGGCCAGGAGAAGUUUGGUGGCCUGCGCGACGGCUACUACAUCCAGGGCCAGUGCGGCAUCAUCAUGUUUGACGUCACCUCGCGCAUCACCUACAAGAACGUCCCCAACUGGCACCGCGACCUCGAGCGCGUCUGCGAGAACAUCCCCAUCGUCCUCUGCGGCAACAAGGUCGACGUCAAGGAGCGCAAGGUCAAGACCGGCGCAGUCACCUUCCACCGCAAGAAGAACCUCCAGUACUUUGAGAUCUCGGCCAAGUCCAACUACAACUUCGAGAAGCCCUUCCUGUGGCUGGCGCGCAAGCUCGUCGGCAACCCGACGCUCGAGUUCGCCGCCGCCCCCGCCCUCGCCCCGCCGGAGGUCCAGGUCGACGAGCAGCUCAUGGCCCAGUACAACGCCGAGCUCCAGGCUGCUGCCGCCGCUCCCCUGCCCGACGAGGACGACGGUGACCUCUGA